ACUGCCUGUUCCCACAUUUGCUACCCUCUCCCCAACCUCUCCCUGAGACACUGUGUACUUCUCUGCUGGGCUCCAAAAACAGGCCAGCAUUAUCAUCUUCCAAGCCCAAACUACACCUCUGAUCUCAGGAGUUCAGUUCACAAGUUCCCCUCUGCUUCAGUCAGCUAGGCCUUCUUCUAGAGAUUUACUUUGCGAUACGUUUUCAGUCAUUUGCCAGUUUCCAUCCAUAUGAAGAAGUCAGGAUACUGAACCUGUCAUAAGUAUGGAACUGCAGAAGCUAUCAAAUGGUAAUCACCAUGACAUUGGAGUGCCCGUGGAGGAAGGGGCCCCAUCAGAGGAAGAAAGGUUCCUGCAGCACAAGGACAAAGGUUUAAAAAGACCACAGUUCACAGAUUUUGAGGGUAAAACCUCUUUUGGGAUGUCAGUUUUCAACCUGAGCAAUGCCAUCAUGGGCAGUGGCAUCCUGGGACUGUCGUAUGCCAUGUCAAACACUGGCAUUGUUCUUUUCCUGAUCUUGCUGACAUUUAUUGCCUGCCUGUCUUGUUAUUCAGUCCAUCUGCUACUACGCAGUGCUGGAGUUGUGGGUAUCCGUGCUUAUGAGCAGCUUGGCUUCAGAGCUUUUGGUCAUCCAGGGAAGAUUCUAGCAGCGGUCAUCAUAACACUACAUAACAUUGGGGCCAUGUCCAGCUACCUGUUCAUAGUAAAAUAUGAGUUACCGCUGGUCAUUCAAGCCUUUCUUGGCCAGACAUCCAGUUCUGAACAGUGGUUUAUGAAUGGAAAUUACCUCAUUAUCAUUGUCACUGCCUGCAUCAUCCUCCCACUGGCCAUGAUGAAACACCUGGGGUAUCUUGGUUAUACAAGUGGCUUCUCUCUCUCCUGCAUGGUGUUCUUCCUUUCUGCGGUUAUCUACAAGAGAUUUAACAUUGCUUGCCCACUGGAAGUGUUUGGCAACUACUCUCUGAACGCAGACAUCCCAGAAGACACAUGCAUUGCCAAAUUUUUCACCAUCAACCAAGAGACGGCAUAUACCAUUCCCAUCCUGGCAUUUGCAUUUGUAUGUCAUCCUGAAGUGCUUCCUAUUUACACUGAACUAAGCAACAGAGUCCUGCAUUGUGUCGGGUACUCGAGAGUACUAAGCCCAACCAGGAGAAGAAUGCAGAAUAUUGGCAACGUAUCCAUCAUGGGCAUGUUCACCAUGUACUUCUUCACUGCCAUAUUUGGGUAUCUGACCUUCUACGAAAAUACUGAAGCUGAGCUCCUCCACACCUACAAUAAGGUUGAUCCCUUGGACACCCUGAUCCUUUGUGUUCGGCUGGCUGUCUUGGUGGCCGUUACUCUGACUGUACCUGUGGUCUUAUUUCCUAUCCGUCGUGCCCUCUUGCAGCUGCUGUUCCCAGGAAAGCCCUUCCACUGGCUCCGGCACAUCUCCAUUGCUGUUUGUCUGCUGUUUGCUGUCAACCUGCUGGUCAUCCUCGUUCCUAACAUUCGAGACAUUUUUGGAAUUACGGGGGCAACCACAGCUCCCACGUUGAUCUUCAUCCUCCCUGGACUGUUCUACAUUCGCAUCAUCCCUACGGACCAGGAGCCCAUGAACUGCAGAUCAAAGAUCCAGGCUGCAUGUUUCACCGCACUGGGUUUCAUGUUCAUGACCAUGAGCCUGACAUUCAUUGGACUUGACUGGAUGAGUGGAGAAAAGCGGAAUCUUGGCGGCCAUUAAAGUGCAUUUCCCUAGUAAGAGCAGCCCAUUAUUGUGCUUCUAAUCCAAAUUCCUGGAUGGAAAGUAAGAUUCAACCUACUGCUGAAAGGAUAAGGCUUGGAGGGACUUUUUUCCAAUAAUCAUAAGGAUAUCUGUUACUCCAGAGUGAUGAGGAGGCCAGUUUAGUCCUGUCAAGAAACCAGGUCAACAUAUACCACCUGGAACCAUCACAGGUAGUGUUCCUCAGUACUGCUAGAAUGAUCUCAUGAAUAUGUUGACCAUGGAAGCCCCUCUACCACUUAAAGCUAUUUACCCUACAGAGGCUGUAUGUGGUGGAUAAUAAUAGCAAAGCAAAUUGGGCAUAUGCCCACGCCCCCUCCAAAAUAAAUAAAUAUAUACAUAAAUUGUUGUUUAAUUUUGAGUAAAGUUUAAGGGAGAAAAUGUAUUUAGUCUGUGCUUGUAAAAAAUACCAUUAUAAUAAACCCCAUCAUGGUGUUGACAUUGUAGUAGAAUUAUUUGUCCUUAUCAGAGAGUCAUAUAGAAUGAGGUAACCGAAAAAUGACUUUCAGAUAAUUCAGGUAAUUUGAUGCAUUUUGUAUUGUAUUGUACACUGCAUGGUAUGGCAAUAAGGAAGAAAUCUUGGCUUUUGUCAGCCAAAAUUUAGUUUACACAACUGUGAACUAGUAAUUUGGUGUAAUUCAUUUGUGAAUUUAUUCUGGACAGCAUGUGUUGAUUGUAUAAUAAAAACUCACAAACCA